GUAAAUGUCAGGAGACUGAAGACUAAGCUUCACAGCACCAUUCACACAAUUUGUAUCUCAGAUAGGACUGGAGCAGAAGGCAGGUAGUGUACUUGGAAAUACAGAAACUUCUAGAGCAUCCUGGGUAUCAGGGACACCACCCUCUGAACUCCCAUCCUCCAUUAUUAGUCCACUAUGGGCCAGGCAAGCAGCAAACCAACGAACCCCCAGAACUCCAACUUCUCUUUAAAGCACAGCUCCCCCAGCUCCAACAGACAGAACAUGGCACCUCGACCAAGCAUCUUCUCCACAUUAAGAAGGCCCCUCAUCACCAAAACGAAUGAUUUCAUACCGCUAUUCAAUGAUUGCAUCUCUGCCGCUGCAUCCAGAACACAAGAAUACCUCCUUUUCAAAGACCCAGAGGACAAGUUCCAAGCAAGCUCUGAGGUGCUCACCCAGGUCUUCCUAAUGACCUACAUCACUCAGAGUGUCAGCCUGAACAUGACAGACAGAUUCAACUGCACGGCCAUGACGCCUGAGCAACGCAUCCUCUUAGGGCCUGACUGGGUCUGGGCCAUGCUUGAGAAGCCCACCAAGAACCCUCGGAUCCAGAUCGCUGUGCAGGUCCUACACCUCCCUGACAGGGAGGCCGCUGAGGAGAACAACAUCCCCCAAGAGGCCUGCACAGAGUCCAUCCAGAUUGCACAAAAGGAGUCCAGUAACAAGACCACAUACGAGAGAAUGGUGGACUUCUGCACAUCCAUCGGCAAGGACUGCUACGCCCUCUUCUUGUUCUUGGGAAAGAAAAACGACAAGGGGAAUAUCUACGGAGUCCUCAGCAACAACUUUGAGGCUGCAAUAGGGAAGUGCAACAAGAUUGACAGAGCUUUUAUCGAAAACUUCUUCAAAGGCUCAAGGUAUCUGCAUACACCUCCAGGAAUGAUGCAAGCAAUUGUAACCAAAAAAGAAGGAGACUCUCUCACUCUCAUGGUUAAAUUCAGCUAAAAACAAAGCACCUUUAACGUUUUAAUGACCAAUAACAUGAUACAUUGAUAUGGUAGUAAAACCUUACAUGGUAAACUUUAUUGACAAAGAUGUUGAGUUUGAUAUAAGUAUAUUGAGUAUAAUGCCUUUGAAAGAAAAUGCCUAUGAUAUUUUCAGUGGAUAUCUGACAGUGUGCUUUUUACAGACAACUUCACGACAUGAUAACUGGAUAUAAAACAGGAAACAAUUAUACCUAAAUUUGAAAUAAGUGGAAUUAUCUUUAAAGCACCAACCUCAUGAUAAAGGUUUGGAACAACUAAUAUUUGGAAUUAUGUAUACCUUUUAAAAUGAAUAAAAGCUGCAAAUUACUUAAAUGUUUUCAUUAAAAACUCCUGCUUUAAGAGUUUUUCCAAAGAAAAACAACUUCACCUGAUAUUGGAGGGAAGGCUCACAUGAGACAAACUAAUUGUAAGACUCACAAGGAUAAAUGUUACAAGAUUAAUAUAGUUACAGAUGUGUUUACCUGCAUGCAAGUGAAAACACAUCUGUAUGUUAAUAAAAUCACAACCUGGUGUUGAAAGAUUGACAACAAUAACAGCAAUGUAGUGUCUCACCAGUUGGCUGUUUUUGGACCACUUGCAUAUUGCUUAUAAUCA